AUGGGUAAUUCUGUUAGUUGUAUCAUUGAAAUACAUAAUAAAUUAGAUCUGUAUCUAUUAAGACCAUUUGAUAAUAAAUUUAAAUGGGGAUAUUUGAAAUAUAAAACUGAAGGAAAUGAUAUAAUAUACCCAAAACAAACAUCAAUCAAAAUUGUACAAGGCAGAGAAGAUGGCAUGUCUGGAAUACAGGGUUAUUUUAUUUUCGAUAUUGUAGAACGAAGUAGUAAUGAUGAAAUAGCUCAAAUAAAAUUGAUUUUUGAUAUCCCAUAUGAUACAAAUGUAUAUUCAAGAGCUGCAAAAUUUGAAAUAAAAAAAUAUACUGAUGAUGAUGUUUUCAAAAUUGAAAAAACUGAAGAAUGGGGUGGAUACGGAUAUGGAGAAAACAAAUGCAAAUUUAUUAUAACCAAAAAUACCGAAGCUACUGAAACUCCUAUAAUCAAAUCAAAAUCAUUGAAAGCCCCUGUUAAAAAUAAAAAAGAUAAAAAAAGUAAAUAUUCAGUAAAUAAAAAAUCUGAUUGGUCUAUGAUUUGGGAUGAAAAUUUAUCUGAUUGA